AUGGCGGAUCCAAUUUUCAAUGGUGAUGCGAGUGAUACGAAGACGGCGAAACUUACUCGACCGGUAACUGGUACGAGUACUGCUGCGAGGAAUACACAACAAUCUGCUGCGUUUGAGAAUUCGGCCUCAGUUUCUGCUUCGACUUCGACGUUGCAAUCGACUACAUCUUCAACACCGCGAAUUAAUCAUAAUCCGAGUAUCAAUUCUCUACGCAAUACACAUGUAGGAGGAGCAGGAACAGAAACGGGAAGAGGGAUAUCAGCUGCGCAAAAUGCUGCGUUGACGGGUGCUUCUUUGGCUUUUUCGAAUGCGAAGGAGGGAAGAGCGAAAGCGAGAGUGGUACCCCCGGUUCCGAAUAAGGGGAAUGUGCAAUUGGGGGAGAAGGGUUUGAAUGGGAAUGGUGGGGCAUUGGCGGCUGCCGCGAAGGCUGGAGCUGUGGGACACAAUGCUGGAGGAGGAGGUAGAACGAGAAGUCCAUCGAAAGUCUCGGCGAUGGAUGAGGGGACGGUUCAUGGACAACAUAUACUAGGGAGUGAGAAAACAGGAGAGAGUCAAACGACCGAUGGGGGAAGUAUUAAUGGAAGACUGGAACAUCAAAUAGGACACACAGGGCUCCAAAAACGAAAGCAGAGAUCCAAUGGACAUUUAUUACCUCCUUUUUCAGGUAGUGGGAAUAGCAUGACGGAGCAUGGUGCGAAUAUGAAGAGUAGUUCGGCAGCCUUUAUGGCGGCUAAUUUGGCGGCAAAAAGGAGUAGGGAGAGUAGUCCAAGUCAAAGUCAUGGGACGGGAAUUGGGAUUGGGGGAGGACUAGGGAAACAGGGAAGUCCAUUAAUGAGUAGAAGACAAAGUUACGCGAGUUCGAUUGAUAGUCUGGAUAGGAGGUUAGAUGUAUCGAGUAUUCCUCCAACAUCUAAUUUGGUGGGGAUGUGGGAGCAGGCGAAUAGGGGUGUGAAGAAAGGAGGUGCAGGAGGAGGGGGAGAGAGUAGUAGUGAUAGAGGAAACGAGGUUGUGAGUAGACAAGAGAGUUUGAGAAGACCGGCUUCGAGUCAUGCGCCUGUGCCUGUUUUGAAGCCGGAAGGGCUGACGAGACCGGUUUCUUCUCACGUGCCGGACGUGGAGCUGGUGAAGUCGUCUGCGACGAAACCUGCUGUACAGCCUCCGAAUACUUCAUCACAAGCAUCUAUUUCUGACGAAAUAAAGUCACCUGGAAAACCUGCAGUCCAACCCCAAAUUGUUUACUCUCAUACGUCGGAGCUAGAGCCAAAGAAGUCUGCUGCGAAGGCUUCAGUACCACUUCGACCUUCUUCUUCCCAAGACCUUAUAUCUGAAGAAACCAAAUCUACCUCAAAGCCUGCAGUGCAACAACGACCUGUUUCUUCAUAUACUCCUGGCUCUGUGACUUUAAAGCCGUCUUCGAAAUCUCCGGCGCAGAAACCUGUCAUACAUAAUACUCGACCUGUUUCUUCUCAUGGCCCGUCGCCAAACUUUUCCGCGAAGCCUUCAAUACAGAAGCUCUCUCGGCCUGUUUCUUCUCAUAGCCCUCCGCCUACCAAGCCAUCAGCAAAACCCUCAUCGCAAUCUAUUAGACCUAUAUCUCCUCGUGCUAUGGAAUCUACCGAGUCACUCUCAAAAUCACCAGUACAAAAACCUUCCAUACCUCCCUCGCGACAUACGCCUGCCGAUGCUCCUGCGUUGAAUACCCAAUCUGCGAAGCCUCAAGUGCAAGCUCCUCGGCCGCUUUCAAUGCAUUCACCUAUUUUGAAACCUGCUGACCGAGACGAACCAUCCUUAAAACCUCCCGUCCAACCUCCACGACAUUCUUCGACCAAGACGCCGCCUAAAUCUCCCAGACCUAAACCGCCAUUCGAACCUCCAGUAUCGAAGCAGUCCUACAACAAUAAUUAUGACGAUGAUGAUGGAUCUUCAGAUGAUUCCUUUGUUUCCGCCUCUUCCCAACCUAAACCCAAAUCCCCUUCCUUCCGUGCAAAAAUAGCGCAGCAAAAACGAAGUCAGUCAACCUCCAUAUCCUCAAUGAAUGUCAAUUCCCUGGCCAAUGCCAUCGUAGCCGGGUCUCUCGCCUCAUCCCGUGCUUCUACCCCUUCCAUAUCUUCUGGAACUACUCGGGCUCCAGCUCCUCCUCCUACUCGACGACACAAAAAUCUACAUAUCUUCCAUUCCGAUAAUUCCAGGACACCUACACCUCCUCAUAACAAUGGAUCUGCAGCUGGAGUGCCAAUUAUGAAAACUACGAUGAGGAAGCCUAAAACGGGAAAGGAACUCAAGGAAGAAGAAGGAGAGGGAGAGAAAAGAAGAGCUAAAAAACAUUUGGUUAAAAAACAUCCGAAUAAACAUAAUGAGGGAAAUCGGAAACGUUGGAGAGACGGGAUCACGGAAAGGGAGAGAAAAAGAUAUGAAGCUGUAUGGGCUAGUAAUAAAGGAUUAUUUCCAUAUACGAUUAAUCAGGAUGGGGAAAUGGUAGAAGUGGAUGGCGCGGUGGAUACCGUGCCCGGUAUCGUGGUUAGGGAUAUUUGGGAAAGGAGUAGACUAGGGGAGGAUGUUUUAGAAGAAGUGUGGGGUUUGGUUGAGGGCAGGGGAUACAGAAGUCGUCUUGUGGCGAAUAUGAAGGCGGGGGGACGGUUGGAAAAAGAUGAGUUUGUGGUGGGAUUGUGGCUUAUUGAUCAGAGGUUGAAGGGGAGAAAGUUACCCGGUAGGGUCGGAUCUAGUGUUUGGGGGAGUGCGGGGCCGAUGGGUGGGAUUAAAAUUAGGUCGUAG